CUAGAUUUAGAUCUUGAUCUGGUUUCUCAGUUCUGCUAAAAUGGCGAAUUACAUUUCUUUUUAUUUACAUUGAUGUUUUGGUUUACAAUGUAAAACAGGGUGGAAGUUGUAUGCAAUUAUGGAAACACCACCCUCGUUUGUUGAAGAAAUCGACUUCAAAGAACUUGAGUUCUUAGAGGUUGUAGGAAAAGGUGCAUUUGGUGUUGUAAGUCGAGCAAGAUGGCGAGGCAAAGAUGUAGCAGUGAAACGCAUAGAAACCGAGUCAGAAAAAAAAGCAUUUAUGCAGGAGUUGAAGCAAUUGUCCAGAGUUAAUCACCCAAACAUUGUCAGGCUAUAUGGGGCAUGCAGAGAACACCCUGUUUGUCUUGUUAUGGAAUAUGCUGAAGGAGGGUCUCUCUACAAUGUCCUCCACGGCUCUGGUCAGCAACCACGAUACACACCAGCUCACGCCAUGAGCUGGUGUCUACAGUGUGCCAGGGGUGUUGAGUACCUACACAAUAUGAAGCCUAAGGCUUUGGUUCACAGAGACUUGAAACCUCCAAAUUUACUUUUGAUAAUGGGAGGCACAGUGCUGAAGAUCUGUGAUUUUGGCACUGCUUGUGAUAUACAAACCCACAUGACUAACAACAAGGGGAGUGCAGCGUGGAUGGCUCCAGAAGUGUUUGAAGGGUCCAUCUACAGUGAAAAGUGUGAUGUCUUCAGCUGGGGUAUAAUCUUAUGGGAGGUUCUCACACGGAGAAAACCCUUUGAUGAAAUAGGGGGUCCUGCGUUUAGAAUCAUGUGGGCUGUUCAUAAUGGUAGAAGACCUCCUUUCAUACAGAAGUUGCCAAAGCCACUUGAAGUUCUUAUGACAAGGUGCUGGUCAGGCAACCCAUCAGAGAGGCCUUCCAUGGCUGAGGUGGUCAGGGUGAUGACCUACAUGUGCCAGUUUUUCCCAGGAGGUGAUGAGCCGUUGGUUAUAUCAAGGAUUCAGGACCUUGAUGAUGAGGAGGAAGACAUGGAGUCCAAUAGGCCGUACAUGGAAACACCAAGUGUUGCCAUGACUGGGGAGUCCCGAGCCAGCACAAUCAGUGAUACUCUACGGUACCAUGACACAAGACAUGCUUACAAUACUCCUGUUGUUGUUGAGGAUAAUAAAAUACAUCGGGGUCAGAUGAGUGCACCACCAUCUUUAGCUGCCAGCCGUGAAAGUCUAAAUGACCCCAGGGGGUCAAGGUCAGCUACGCCAGUGGAUUCUGGGAAGAGAUUCUCUGCCGAUCUUACUAAAUUGGAUGAACUGGAUUUGUCAGGUCAUCAGGCCACAGCUCAACCCCACAAAGUGGCAGGUCAUAGAAGGUCAGGGUCACAAGGAACCACACCCGCUUAUGUGGGGGCACCAGGACCUCCCUAUGUCCAGACUCCCCAGGGCCCAAGGCAGGGCCGGAGCGGCUCCAUGGACAACAUUCUCCUUGUACGGCCCAGCUUCUCUAACUUCCCACAAAUUAUUGUAACCCCCUCACCUCCAGCGGAAGGUAUUGGACAUCGACGCAUUGGCUCAGACGAGUCCUCCUCCAUCUCCACACCUCUGACCAUCAACACAGGUGUCAGCAGCCCUGUCCACAGCCCAGGUAUCACCAACCCUGUCCACCACAGCAACACCUACCCCAGUCAGCUGGACUACUGUGGCCGGCCAUCUUAUCGAGGCCCAGGUGACAACCAGACAGUGCCCUCUCCGUCAAGGUCAAUAUCCUACCAGCACCCACCCCAUGAGCAGGUUGAUGUUUCUCCUAGAUCUGCCUCAGUCAGCUCCAAUGUUCAUCUGCCCAAGAUGGCACGACAAGGACAUGAAGCAGCAUUUGCCAAUGUGGAACACACCUACUUAAAUAAUGACGCCUACUUUUCUCUUGAACCACAUUUGCAGCCCAUCCCACCCUGUCCUUCUAACAAAGAAUCUAUGCAAAUUUUUGAAGAACAUUGCACUCUGGCUCAGCAGUACUUAAGAAUGCAGGCAGAAAUUGCUGUACUCACACAAAGAAAACAUGAACUCAACAAAGAGCGAGAGCGCCAGGAAGAGCGGAGUCUACAGAACAGAACACAUCUGGCUGAGCUGGAGGAAUACACCAAGCUGUCUGCUGAAAAUGAAAGUCUGAUGAGUGUCCACAGGGAACUGAAGGCCCAGGUAGAGAUGUACAAAAAAGCAGGUGCAAAAAGGAUUGGCUAACUGGCCCCAAAUGUACGGCUUGGGGUGGUUUGUUAGAAGACAUCAGGUACCUGAACUCAUUGAGGCAGGGGGAUUAUUCCAGAGUUGAGUCCCUUUGUAAAUUGUGGUGUUCAGUUGUCAGUCACUAGCCAACAGUUUAAAAAAUUUUACAAUGAUUUUGUUUCUUCUAAAAUGUGUUUGUAAAAAAAGUAAAGUAAUGAAAGUUGUAUAAAUUUGUAAAUAAUUGUUCUAGUAACUCUAUGCAUUGCUUUUAUUGUAUUCAAUAUCUACUUGUUGGAGAAUGGAAGUGACAUCAAAUAUGUUGACAUUAUAGGCCUACAGCUGUCUGUGUUUUUUAACUGUUGGAUUUUACAAAGCAUUUUCUUUAUUUAAAAACUCCUUUGUGUUCUUAGCUAAGAAUUUUUAAACAAAAUAUUCAAGACACAAUCUAUGUAGACACUGUCUUAAGGUAGCUUGACCACAUGGACACUGUCCUAAGGUAGCUUGACCAUUUAGACACUGUCUUAAGGUAGCUUGACCAUCUGAACACUGUCUUAAUGUAGCUUGACCACAUGGACACUGUCCUAAGGUAGCUUGACCAUUUAGACACUGUCUUAAGGUAGCUUGACCAUCUGAACACUGUCUUAAUGUAGCUUGACCACAUGGACACUGUCCUAAGGUAGCUUGACCAUUUAGACACUGUCUUAAGGUAGCUUGACCAUCUGAACACUGUCUUAAUGUAGCUUGACCACAUGGACACUGUCCUAAGGUAGCUUGACCAUUUAGACACUGUCUUAAGGUAGCUUGACCACAUGGACACUGUCUUAAUGUACUUUAAACCCUACUCACCUAUCUGACUUAGGUCACAAUUAUGACAGCUCUAGCAAGUCACAGAACUUUUGGUUUGUCCUAUGAUGCCAAGUUUUUCUCAGCAGAAAGUAGUUGGUUUUGUUUUGUAAUGUUAUCAGUGGUUGAAAUAAACUUGUUCCUAUAUAAACUGAUUUCAUUUAAU